AUGAACGCGACUUUCGUAUCAGCAAUAUCCAUACCCAGUUAUGGAAAUGAAACUGAUCGUCUAGCUUUGCUAGACUUGAAGAGUAAGAUAAUCCAAGAUCCUCUAGGAAUCAUGGACUCCUGGAACGAUUCCAUCCAUUUCUGCCACUGGGUUGGCAUUACAUGCAACCCAUCAAGCCAACGAGUAUUGGUUUUGAACCUGAAGUCUCUAGAGCUCUCUGGUUCAAUAUCACCUUCAAUAGGAAAUCUCACUUACCUUACAGAAAUUCACCUGCAAAACAACAACUUUCAUGGUGAAAUUCCACAAGAAAUGGGUCGUCUUCUGCAACUUUGGCGUCUUAACUUAUCGUUUAAUUCCUUUGGGGGAAACAUUCCAACAAAUAUAACACACUGCAAAGAGCUAGCAUAUUUUCUUGUGUUUGGAAACAAGGUUACUGGGUCAAUUCCUGUCGAGUUGAGUUCAUUGUCUGAACCGGUGUACUUGGACUUUGGAAAAAGCAAUCUUACUGGAACAAUCCCAGCUUGCAUUGGAAAUUUCACUUCUAUGUACGCAUUUUCAUUUGGCCAGAACAAUUUUCAAGGAAGCAUACCUGAAGAUCUUGGCCAUCUAAAAGGCUUGGGGAGAUUCAUACUCACGGACAAUAAUCUAUCUGGUAUUGUUGCUCCUUCAAUUUAUAAUGUCUCUUCCAGAUACUAUUUCACAUUUACACAGAACCAGCUGCAUGGAAACCUACCACCAGAUGUUGGUUUUACUCUGCCUAAUCUCCAAGUAUUUGCCGGUGUAGUUAACGAACUAACAGGCCCUAUUACCAUAUCAUUGUCAAAUUGUUCUGCACUCCAAGUGCUUGAUUUUUCUCAUAAUGGUCUAAUUGGGUCAGUUCCUGAAACAUUAGGAAGCUUGCCAAAAGUGUAUAGGAUAAAUUUUGAGAACAAUUUUCUGGGACAUGGAAAAGCCAGUGACCUGAAUUUUUUCAGGUCUUUGCCUAAUUGUUCCGUUCUAGAGGUGUUGGGUAUGGGUGGCAAUUACUUUGCAGGAGAACUGCCUACAUCCAUAGUUAACCUUUCAUCGUAUAUGCACAUAUUUACUAUUUCUGGGAAUUUCAUACAUGGAAAUAUUCCAAAUGGGAUAGGGAACCUUAUUAACCUGAUCCUUCUAGAAUUGGCAAAUAACCAGUUAGAAGGCAAUGUCCCAAAAGCGAUAGGGAAGCUUCACGAGUUACAGUUACUGUCUUUGAGUGACAAUAAGUUUUCUGGCUCAAUACCUCUUUCCCUGGCGUAA